AUGGAAGCUAAGGAAGAAAAGCAACCCGAGGAAGUCAAGCCCGAGAGGGAAGUCGCUGAAAGCGAAGAGGUUCAGCAGCCCAGGGAAGAGCUGAUCCUCUCGGCGAGUGCUAUAGCGGUGCUCGCCUUCGAGGUGACCGUGAUCGCUCUCGUAGUCGCGUACAUCCUGAUCACCACGCCGAGCAGGUCGCCGUUUGUGGAGUUCAUCGAGCCCUGCCUCAACCUGAGCUGCUUCCAGCUCGACCUGGAGCUGCACACGUCGAUGAACCUGUCGGUGGACCCGUGCGCGCACUUCUACCAGUACACGUGCGGCCAGUGGGGCGACCACCACCAGGGAUUCACGGACCAGUUCGACCUACUAGAGGCUAAAGUCUCCAGCUUGGUGAAGCACCGUCUGAUGGAGGAGGCAAAGCUUGCGGCUGGAGGCUCCUCUCAUGCCACUGACCAAAGUGCUGCGCACUACCUGUCGUGCGUAGACGUCUACUCUAAACAGGGCGACACGUCGUCGGUGAUUAAAGAGCACGUGUUCUCGAAGCUCGAGGAAGGUUUCACAGACCAAACGAAAAAGGUACCUUCGUCACUGCAAGAAACGCUCAACCUCCUGGUACACCUGUCGCUCGAUUGGAACUUGGGUAUUCUCGUAGACUUGAUGAUCGCGCCGUUCCACAACAGCGCGGCGCAGCAACAACAAGCGCAGGACAAAAUAAUCAUGCAUAUCGAUUACAGCGAUAGCGUCCCGCUGUGGAAAAGACACAAGGAGAGGUUUCUUACGCCGGAAAAGCUUACGCGUUGCUUCCUAGACUUCUCGAGCUUGUUUUCGAGCGGCGACGGGAAGGACGUUGAUGUAGCGGAACUCGUCAAGGUCGACGUCUCCCUUUCCACAAAAUGGAGCCUCGCGUCCUCCUCUCCAGAAAGAAAGCCAAAGUACAUUCAGGUAAAAGAUAUACCUUCUACGAAGCUGAAAGCUACGGACUGGCUGUCGGCGCUUAACGGGCGCCUUCCCCAGGACGCACAGCUCACCGAGGAUAGCGACUUAUACGUAGGCGACUUCGGAAUGUUUGCCCUCACUGAAGAGGUGCUCUCGGAAGGCGAGUUCAAGCUCUUCUACGCACUCGUUAGGUUCCACGUAGCGCGACUCCUCGCGCCUUUCACUUCGUACAAGUUGAUGCUCUCCGUCCUGGGAAAUCUGCCCAAUGACACGGCUGCUUCGCAGGUCGUCACGAGAGAGUGCGUCGCCGCUGUUAACCGGCUCUUCCCGUUUGCAUGGCCGAUAUUCGUCUUCGGCGCCAACACCACGGGCGAGAAAAUGAAGAAGGUUCAGGCACUGUACGUGGAGUUGAAGGACAAGACGAAGACUGCUCUGUCUUGGCUCUCGGACGACGACCGGAAAGCCGCCGAGGCGAGGCUCGACUCGUUAAUCCCCAUCGUCGGUUGGCCCGAGAAAUUUAACGACCCGAACGAGCUUGGCAAGCUGUAUCCGCAAGUUCAGGAUAAAAAGGUCGCCUUCAUCAAGACUUACCUGACCUCCAUCGAAGCGCUCAACAGGAAACGCAAAUCCGACCUGGCCGCCGGCCAAGGCAGCACGCAGCCGGAAACUGAAGGCGACAAUCUUCGGUCUUUCGAAGCCACCGCGAUGUACUCCUUGCGGCGCGGCAGCUUGUACGUCUCGCCGGCCAUUUUGUUCGAGCCGUUCUUCGUUCAGGUGAGCGACGCGUUCACGUGGGGGUCCCUGGGCCACGUCCUGGCGCACGAACUCUGGCACGCUGCUUUCGGUGACUUCACUCUCGGCCUGUCGCCGGCGACGGACGUGGUGGUGGGCGCAACGCGCUUUAACAAGCACGCGUGCGUCUCCCAGGUCGUGCAGGAUGCCGGGAGCGAUGCCAAGACCGCGGCCUUCUCAGCACCCGAAGACUUUGCCGACGUCGCUGGUUUGCAGACUGCGCGUUCUUCCUUCGCCAGUAGCAGCGGCAGUAGCGAAGCGGGUGCUGAGGGUACCGCGGGUUUUACCCCCGAGCAGCUGUUUUACAUUGGCUCCUGCUUCAAGUGGUGCGCGCAAAAUGGCGACGCUCAUCCGCUCGGUUCCGCAGCUAACACGAAGCCGUACGUGCGAUGUAACGCUCCCAUCAUGAUGACCGCUGGCUUCGCUGAUGCGUUUGAGUGCCCCGUCGACAGUCCCAUGAUGAAAUUUCAAACGGCUAAGCGCUUCUGCAACGAAUCGAACUCGGGAGACCGCCCAGCUUCUCAAGCCAUAAAAUGA